CUAAAAUAGCCCGUGCAUGAUAGGGGACUUUUAAAACGAUGCAUUUUACGUGCGUUUUGACCACACACUUGCAAUUUUGCCUUUCCCUCCCAAAAUUCUCCCUCCAAAUCCAAAAUAGCACUGAUAAACCAGCGGCUCCUCUGGCGAAUCCAAUCAGUCCUACAUGGCAUCAACCUCAGCUCCACGUGGCGGUGAUGUAGCCACAAAAAUGAGAAACGCGGCUUCAACGCUCGCCGACGGUAACCAGACGCUCCGUACAGAAAUGCUCAAGUCGUUGAUUAUGAUGAAGAAAAUGGCAGUUGAUUUCGAGAGUGAUCGUGAUUUUGCAAAGGUAAAGGAACUCGAAGAUGCGGUUGUUCAGUUACUUGAGACUUACGAAGACUGUGGAUAUCAGUCAGCAGCAAUUGAAUCAGUUGCAAACAAAUAUGAGCUUCGUUCUGACUCAGAGUUAACUGGUUUCAGGAAGUUGCUUCAGGCUGAGUUUAAGAAGAUUAAAUCUAGCUCAUCAACUGCUUUGCAGGAUCAUAUGCUUUUACGUCAGUUUAGAGAAGCUGUCUGGAAUGUUCACCACAGAGGGCAGCCAAUGCCAGGCGAAGAGCAGGAAGACAUUGUAAUGACAACUACCCAGUCAAACCUCUUGAAUAUGAAUUGUCCACUGACUGGAAAGCCUAUUAUCGAACUCGCAGAGCCAGUUCGCAGUGUGGAAUGCCAUCAUAUUUAUGAGAAAAAUGCGGUGAUGCAGCACAUAAAAACUACGAGAGGACAAGCAACAUGUUGCAUAGCAGGUUGCCCUAGGAUUCUGCAGGCAGCAAAAUUAAUCUGUGAUCCAUUAUUACUUGUUGAAAUUGACGAACUGCGAUCUUCGAAUAGACAAACUGCUAACGUAUUUGAGGAUUUCACUGACCUCAAUGAAGACGAUGACUGAUAAGAGUAUGAGCUAAAGAUUGCGUUGUACAUUUAUUUAUUUUCUUAUAGGAAAAAUAGCUAUAUUAUCUAGUUAGUAUUGUACAAACCUCUGGAGGAAAUGUAGGCAAGAAUGAGCCCUGAUGUCCAUUAUCUUGCAAGUUUUUCUGAUUCAGUUUUUUUAUCAACCAAUUCAACCGGCAGGUCAGUCCGGGUCAACUUGUUCAACUGGAUUUUUGGUUUUUGGGGUAAAUUGGACUGGACAACAGACCCAUUCAACCGGCUGGUCCGGUCCGGUUUUCUAAUGAGAGGUUUGAUCUUUAUGUCUA